AUCAUCGGAGGACGCUGUCAAGCAUGCGUGGCCAGGGGGGCGGCAGUGGCUUGGGUCCCGGACCAGAGUCCCGCUGCAGACCACACAGAGGCAAGCGAGCGCCGGGGACCAGAAGGGCCAAGGAGCCAGAGGAGUUCAGCACGGGUUUGCGGAGUUCUGAAAACAAAUAUGAGGAGUCUUCAAAUGAUUCUUCGUCAACCUCCUCCAAAGGGCUGAGCAAUGAAAACCCAGAAUCUGGAAGCAAUGGAGCCAUCCGCAGGCCAGCCUACUGGCUGGUGAUGAGGGGAAUAAAGCCCACCCUCAACAAAGUUACAGAGAAGAAAGCUGGAAACUCUGUACUCAAGGGAAAGCACAGACUGGAACAAGAUGGUGAUGAAGAAUAUGAGGAGCUCUCAAGGAAGAAGCAGAAAGUGUCUGGAAAACAGGAGCAAGCGGAGAGGCGGCCUCAUCUCAAGUCCAAAAGCCGAUCUGUAAAAAAAGACCCGCCAACAUAUGCAGCAGGCAGUCCAGAGGAGAGGUGGUACUUGGAGAUUCUGGAUAAGGGCCGUGUCACUUGCCCAACCUGCAGAGCUGUAGUGAGGAAAACAGUCGAAGGACUGAAGAAGCACAUGACCAACUGUCAGCGGGAGGUCUUCACAUGUCAGCACUGUGGGAAGCAGCUGCGGUCUCUUGCGGGAAUGAAGUACCACGUCAUGGCAGACCAUAAUAGCCUGCCCUUGAUGAAGGCAGGAGGCCAGCUGGAUGAGCAGAGCGAGAGAGACCGCCUGCGGAAGGUGCUGAAACGAAUGGGGAAGCUCAAGUGCACGAGAGAGGGCUGCACGGGCAGCUUCACCAGCAUCAUGGGAUACCUCUACCAUGCCCAGAAGUGUGGGAAGGCCGCCGCCGAGCUGGAGAAGCUGGCUCUGAAGUGCCACCAUUGCAGCAAGGGUUAUAAAUCAAAGGCUGGCCUUGUUUACCACUUGAAGUCCGAACACGGACCGGUGACUUUUCUCCAUGAAGAAGGUAGGCCCACUCACCAGAAGGAUGCUGACACCGAACCAAAAAGCAGAGGCAGAGUUCAAAGGAAAUCUGCCAAGGUGGCUGCCUACUACUUACAUGAGCUGGCCAAUGAGGAGCUGGCCAAGGAAUGGCCAAAGAGGAAAGUCCUGCAGGAUCUUGUUCCUGAUGACCGGAAGCUGAAGUACACCCGGCCAGGGCUGCCUGCUGUUAGCCAGGAGGUUCUCUGCAAGUGGAAAUCAGAGAUAAAGAUGUACCGACGGAUUCACUGCCCCAACCAGGGUUGUGAAUGUGUCUACAGCAGCAUCUCAGGACUCAAGUCCCACCUGGGGAGUUGCACCCUGGGGGAGUUUGUGGCUGGAAAGUACAAGUGUCUGCUGUGUGAGAAGGAGUUUGUGUCUGAGAGCGGAGUCAAAUACCACAUUAACACGGUGCAUGCUGAGGACUGGUUUGACGUUAACAGCAACACCACCAAGAGCUUCGAGAAGCGGAUGAAGCUGCGGCAGAAAGAAACGGAGCAGAAGCGACAGCGCAAGAAGCACCUCUCCAGCCGUGGCCGCAAGAAGCGGCUCAGGACCGCGUCUCCUAAGAAGUCCCCCAGGCCGGGUGCGGAGCAGAGAGGGAAGGUGGGCCGCUCUCACCCCGCAGACAGUGAGAGCAGGACCAGCGAAGAAGAGGACGCUCACCCUCUGAAGCUUGGUCACAAAAGGGGGAGGAAAUAAAGCUCCAGGUGCAGCCCUCGAGGGGAAGUGGCAGAGGAGGCCGCACCCUGGGAGCCUAGCCUGCAGGCUGAGUGGGGAAGGGCCAGGGCAUCGGAGAGGGAAGCCAGCGAGUGAUUGUGAGUUGUCUGCUCUCUGGACCACGUUUGGCUUCAUUAGUUCUGUAAGAGACUCACACAGUGGACUUCGGGACACUUGGAAGGGUAUUAUAAGCCCCCUUGCGCUUUGUGGGAUUUACUUAUACAUGCACAGCAUUGAUCUUUUUCUUCCCCCAAAGUAGUCUGGCUGCUGGUUUGCUUGCUGGCAACCUGGAACAAAUGAGCCCAGUCCUAAGGGGGUGGGGAUUUCUUUCUGCAGCUUCUCUGCAACUGCAAAGCUCUGCAGCGGUUGGCUUGUUAAUUGUAUAAAAUGCCUCUUUUUCUGGUACUGGAUCACAGGGAUGGGGGUUGGGAGGGGGAAGAUGAGGAUUAUUGCCUGGGCUUCAAUUUGGAUUUUGGUGCUCAUGAAAUAGGGAAAAGGGGGGGGAUGAGAGGGCGUAAAGAGAUACAGGAUCAGGGGAGCUGUGUUCCUUAACACAGAUGCAAGGUCUGUCAGCAGCUACUAGCCAGGGUUAAUAAAGGGAACCUCCAUAUUCAGAGGCAGUAAACCUCUGAAGUGUGGUGCUAAGAGGCAAUAUCAGAGAAGGCCUUGUCCUCUGUGCACUGUUGGUUGGCCUUCCAGGGCAACUGGUUGGCUGCUGUGUGAAGGACCACUUUUCUUAAUCUUCUUGUGUUCUUAUGCCAGCAGUUCCUCAAACCCAAGCUGUACGGGCAUUAGAGGGGGUGGGGCAGCUGCCUUGCACGCUGGGUUAUGUUGCAGAGGUCUGACUCCACAAAGAGACAGAAGCAGCUCCACCUUCAUAGGCAACAAAUGGCUGCCCAUCUAUGUUGUUUCUUAUUGGUCUUGAGGGUAAAGUUCCCAUUUCAUUUUUGCCAUCAUAUAAAUCAAGUAACCAGUAAGGCUUUUAUACUGAAGCCGUGAUGUAAGACAUAUCAGGAGCAGAGUUCCCCCUAAGCUGUGCUAUGGUGUGCUAGUGAUCAGAUUUCCCACCCUCAGUGCAGAGAUGUUUACCUCAGCGCAGGGGGAUGGGUCCGAGGAGUAUGGCUGGACCACUGGAGGGCGGUGCUUCUUAUCCUGGGGCAGCCCCUCCCUCCUGCUCACGCAGCGCCUGUAGGUCCUAUAAGGGCGCCUGCACAUGGCAGCCUCUCCUGCUGUAAAGCCCACUGGCUGCCUCCCUACGCACCAGAGCAGCAGGUGAGUUGCCCUCUCACCUCAAUGGCCUUGGGCCGGCAACACAGCCCAGUGCUCCUCUGUGGCCUCCCGUCAGCUAGGGGCAAGGAUGGAGGCCAGGUGGAGGGGAGCCUUGGGCCAGUAAUGUGGCCUGGCGCUCCUCCAUGGACUCUCAUGGGCUAGUGGCAAGUGAGGAGGGGAGCCGGGCUGAAGGAUGGGGAGGGAGGUCAGGAGCCUUGGGUUAGCAACGUGGCCUGGCGCUCCUCUUGUAGUCUCCCAACGCCAUUGGUUAGAGGCAAGGUUGGGGGGAGGCAAGCGGAGGUGCAUGGAUUGGAAAAGGUAGGCACUUAAAGGAACUGCCCCUUAAAUGCCUGCAUACUCCAAGUCGCGUGACUCCACAGUAAGUAAAUUCUGAAGGCAUGGUUCACUCACCAUGGAGCAGUGCAGCUUGGAGAAGGCAGGCAUUUAAAGGGACAGUUCCUUUAAGUGCCUUUACCCCCAUCCAUUGGAACAAUGAAGGAUGGGGACACAUUCUUCUGGGGACCAUAGAAUUGGACCCC